AGUACUAUAUAUAUCAGAUAGAUCCAACUCGAAGCAAUCACUUCCUAUCAAAUAGAGAAGAGAAGAGAAGAUGGAAUCAAGUGGUUGUGAUGAAAUGCAGGAGAUAGUGAUAGUAGGUGGUGGACUUUGUGGACUUGCCACAGCUCUUGCUUUGCACAGGAAAGGGGUAAAGAGUGUGGUAUUAGAGAAAUCAGAAAGUUUAAGAUCAGCAGGAGCAGCCAUAGGUGUACUACCUAAUGGAUGGAAGGCACUUGAUCAACUUGGAGUGGCUCCAUACCUAAGAACUACUGCUCUUCCUCUUCAAGGGAUGCGAAUUACAUGGAUGGACAAGGGCAAUGAAAAAUUCACACCGUACAAGAAUAUCGGAGAGGUUCGUUGUCUGAAGAGGAGUGAUAUAGUUGAAACAUUUGCUGAUGCUUUGCCUCCAAAGACUAUACGUUUUGGAUGCGAUAUUGUGUCUGUAGAAAUGGAUCCUAUCACUUCCUUACCGAGUAUUCUACUUUCUAAUGGAAAUCGUAUUGGCGCUAAGGUUUUGAUCGGGUGUGAUGGAUCGAGGUCAAUAGUAGCAAGUUUCCUUGGAUUAAAGCCUGCAAAAACAUUUCGGACUUGUGCAAUUAGAGGUUUAACAAGUUAUCCCAAUGGUCACUCAUUUCCUCUCGAAUUUGUCCGUCUCAUAGUUGGCCAAACUGCAGUUGGGAGACUACCAAUCACUGAUAAGUUGGUACACUGGUUUGUUUCUGUUCAACAGGGCACAGAUGCCAAGUUCCCACAAGAUACACAAGUUAUCAAACAAAGAGCAAUGGAGGCAGUAAUUGGUCAUCCAGCUGAUGUACAAGAAAUGAUUAAAAAAUGUGAUCUGGAUUCUCUCUGGUUUUCUCACUUGAGAUAUCGCGCACCAUGGGACUUGAUGUUUGGCAAUUUCCGGGAAAAAACUGUAACGGUUGCUGGAGAUGCAAUGCAUGUAAUGGGUCCAUUCCUUGGACAGGGAGGUUCAUCAGGAAUAGAAGAUGCAGUGGUGCUUGGAAGAAACUUGGCAAAGACGAUUAACGGAAGUUGUUUUGAUCUUGAAGAGGCAGUGAAUCAGUAUAUAAAAGAGAGGAAAAUGAGGGUGGUAAAACUAGCAACACAAUCUUAUCUGACUGCCCUUCUUUUUGAGAAUAGACCAAUGCUCACAAAAAUUGUCAUCGUCGCUGUGAUGGCCAUUUUCUUCAGAAACCCAAGUGCUCAUACUCAAUACGACUGUGGUCUCCUCUGAUAUAAAGUGUUUUGCGCUUUUGAUAUUUAGCACGUUGUCUAUUUUAUCAACUUUUUACAAGUUUAAGAGUGAUCUACUGCACCUAUAGUUGCAUCUUAUUUAUUGUUCUCUGUUUAAAUGGGUUUAUCCUACAAUGAAUACACAACUAAUAUGGCCAA